AUGGAUUAUACCCUAGUUUGCCAAGUGACAGCCUUGACACACACACAUCCUUUGGGUCUGCUUGGCGCUCUCCUGCAGGCCCAUGCAAUUAGGCGCGUUCUUGCCAUUGCCUCUGCCAGCGGUGACUCCGCAUUUCACGCCAUUGAUGCUGUUCGUCUAGUGGAUAACCUUUGCGGAGACCUAGAAGCAGCUGAUCUCUCCGCUUUCUCCUUCGGACGACCCUCUAAUUUCCAUUUGAAUGCGCUACAACAGUAUCGGGAGAAACUGAACACGGUGAAAAAACUUGUGAUGCAAGAGUCGUUUCCAACAAUUUCAGAGGUAGUUAGUCAGCUCGGAAACGGCGAACCAGCAAUAGAGGCUAUACCCACAGCGCUAUAUAUCUUCCUCCAGUGUCAAAAGCCAAUGCCGCACAUCCCUUAUGAGUCGCUGCUGAUCAAGUGCAGUAUCUAUUCAGCGCUGAUUGGCAAUGACACCGAUACAAUCGGCUGCAUGGCAUGUGCUAUCGCAGGUGCUCUUGUCGGUGCAGAACGAAUUGAGAAUAGUUCCUCCCCUGGCGACAUGCACAUCCCCGGGACCAUCCUUGGUCACGUGGAGGGCCUUCAGACCAUCAACGGGUAUUGUGAUUGGCUCAUUCAACGCUUCAAAACCAAUGAACACUGCAACUGA